GAUUUCCUUUUCAAUUCUAACAGGACCUUUAAGCAAACUUCACUUAAAAGUGUUUUAUUUUGGGGAUGGUAAUCCUUUAUUGUACCCCUCUCUAGUUAAAUUUAAAAGUUCCUCAUCCGAAAGAGGAGCUUUUGUUUAUCUUCCGCUUAGCUUUUGCACGAAACUCGAGGACCGAAAAAAGCUAUUUCUUUUCCAUUCUUUUUCAAAAAAUGCCUCCUCGAAAAGCAAAGCCCAAAGCGACAUCUGCUACAGAAGUCAUUAGCACCUCGCGCUUCAAAACACUGAAAGUGAAUGAGCGGAUCUCGAUUAAGAAUUUCGUGGAAAAACACAAACUAAAAUUUGCAACUGGACGAGGGUUCUACCAACUGACAAAGCCUGAGACGAUUCAGUUCCACAAAGAGAUUGUGGUGAGACGAAAAUUAGACGGUACUAUGGCCUCUGGAGACGAGGUGCGCAUAUUACUUGGAAUUGGAAAGGAAACAGCAAAAUUUAAGUUAGACAAGGAAAAAUUAGAGGAUUUUGAUGUGUUUGUGCAGUCAACCUCAUACAAUCGAGUCUUGAUGCCAGACACAGAGUUUUUGUAUGACACAGGGGAAAUUGGAGCUGUUUCAUCAGCAGUUGAGUCUGCAAAACCAGCAGCUACAACUUCUGCAGAUGAUACUAAGGAAGAACCCAGCACAAGUCGAGGAACUGGCCGAGGAAAGCGUAAAAAGGCAGACGAGGAGAAGCCAGCUGUGGAGGAAAAGAAAGAAGAUAAGGCAUCAUCACCAGCUAAGAGAGCAAAACCAGCAACUGAAGCCACAGGUGGAGCUGAUGUCAAGGAAAUAGUAUUCUCAUUUGAUACGACAGGGUCUAUGUACCCAUGCCUUACUCAGGUCAGAAAGAAGGUAGAAGAAACAGUCACUCGCCUCUUCAGAGAAAUUCCCGGAAUCCGCAUCGCAGUAUUUGCACAUGGGGACUACCAGGAUAAAGAAUCAACUUAUGACACGAAAUGGGUAGACUUCAGUACAGACAAAAAGAAAAUAUGUAACUUUAUCAAAAAUGUAUCGUCAACAUCUGGCUAUGAUUCAGAUGAAUGCUAUGAACUUGUUCUUAAACAGGUUCGUGAGGAGCUGUCUUGGACACCAGACUCCCAACGGUCGUUAGUGAUGAUAGGCGACGCCUCACCCCACCCCCCUUCGUACCACUUGAACACACUGAAAAUUGACUGGAGAGAAGAAGCUAAGAAACUCUACAAAGAGAUGGGCGUGCGGAUAUACUCUGUCCAAUGUCUUAACUAUAGCGGCUCGGACACCUUUUAUCGUAAAAUCGCUGAGUUUACCUGUGGUUGGCACUUGAAACUAGAUCAGUUCGCUUCUAUCGUCGAUUUCCUAACGGCCAUUUGCUAUCGAGAGCAGGGCGUGGAGCAACUGGAAGCUUACGAGGCAGAGGUCAAGUCAAGGUCAAAGGGCUCCGGACUGAAUCGUAACUUGCAUGCCUUGUUUGACACUCUAGCUGGAAGAAGCACCAGUACCUACAAAGGCGGAAGUGAUCAUGGGGGACUGGAACCGGUCAAUCCGUCUCGAUUUCAGAUCUUGGAAGUCGAAGAACGCGGCGACAUCCGCACUUUCGUCGAGAAGAACGACCUUCCUUUUAAGACAGGACGUGGGUUUUACGAGUUCACGAAGCCAGAAAAAAUCUCGGACAAGAAGGAAGUCGUUUUGGUAGACAAGGCCUCCGGAGACAUAUUCACUGGGCCUGAAGCAUGCGCAAUGAUCGGAGCGGGAGGAGCAAAUAAAAUCAAGCCCACGUCGUUUGACAAAUGGCGGGUUUUUGUGCAGAGUACUUCGUAUAACAGGGUUCUGAUGCCUGGUACUGGGUUCUUGUACGAAGUGGAUACAGAUCGCUGAUCUUUCAAAUUGACAGUUUGGCACUUUUAAAGUUUCCCUUACGGUGUUGUAAAUGAUUUCUUCUGACCCAGUUAAUACUUGGAAAAUAUAUUGAAACUUUAGAGUAACAUUUUUCUGGUGUAGGGAAACAAAAAACAAACAAAAAGCAAACAAACAAACGGAAACAAAAACAAAAACAAAAACCAUAAAUAAAGAAGAAACUAAAAAUUAAACAUAACAUAGAUUCAACCUGCCUGUUCGUACCGAGAUGUAUCAGUCACGUAGUGGACUCCAAAAUUAUUCAAAUUUUUAUCAAGUUAGAUAUUUAAGACUAAUGGUGGGUACUAUUUUGUAGCACCGAUUCACGAAGAUCAAUGUUUUUGGAUGCGAUUUAACCGAUCACUUUUUACAAAACGUUAGGAUUUAAAACGAAUAAAUUUUUAUUUAAGGAACGUGUCGGUUUUUUGGUUUUCUUUAGGGUUUUGCGUGAGAGCGCCUCUCGACUGUGUGUUGUAAAAAAAAAAACAACAACAACAGCAGCACAAAGGAAGCGAUCGACUGGCUAGAUUUGUAUAGAACAAACACAGAAUGAAAUCAAGCUAAGCCAAAGAAAUCUCAGAUUGCGUUACGCGUUCAAUUGAAAAUUGUUCUUAAAUGUGUUCACAAAUUUUUAGUUAGAGUAAUCGAUUUGUUGUAAUUGCAUUUAUGAAAAUUUACUUCAGUAUUAAAGACUUUUACUGAGA